AUGGCUGACUCUUCAGAGCCUCACCCCAGACCUCCUCAGUACACCUCUACCGAUCCGCACCUACGAUAUCCCACUCUUCCUCCUCUAAACGCCUCUGUUGAGGAGUGGUUAUCUCGUUCGCGGCCAAUCAGCAUGUCGUCAACUUCAAUGGAUCACACGCCCAGAUCACUGAGCGAGAGCUGGGCGACAAUGAGUGCAUCAGAUGUUCACUCAGAAGACGGCACUCGCUCUGAGCAGACAGAUCUUGGGUCUUUGAUCGACCAAACCAGCCCCGAUGAUGUAGCAAGUCUCGAUGGACGGUCUAGCAACAGCGACAUAGACACAAACGACGAGGAAGUCUUCGAUGGCGAUAGUUACGAAUCCAGGAGCAACGCUUCCGUGUCCCAGGAACUGUCAUCCGCUUUCCCUCAUAUUAGAAACUCUAUCGAUGACAGUAGCCUAACCACCAAGACUGCGUUCCGCCAGUCGGUGGAGUCCAUUGAGUUCAUUGAACCCGAAAGCUGGCCUGAAGUCGAGCGGGUAGAAUUGAAGCAUACCAUCCGAGUGUUCGAAGGACCUGAUGCAGCAGAGCUAAAGUAUAAGCUUCCUGACGGGUCGGAAGACUCGACACUCACGGCCACAGUUCAGCAGACCAUGACGAGGAAAAGUCUUGAUACCGACAAGCCAUUCCAUGUCUUAUACAUCGGCAGCCCGGACUUUCGGAACAUCAUACUCGAUAAGAUUGGAGAUAUUCUGGUAUCGAGCUCCUGUAGCAGUUUCGAAAGCGGUUCCGCGGAAUCUUCCAGGUAUCAUGUUGUCCCAACGUCGUUUGGCGCAGGCGCCGUUCCCAACUUUGCCGAACUGCUUCCUAUUCAUGUUCAGCUCAUUGUGGACGAAUGCCCCGAGGCUUCCGCGGAUCCUCAGACUGACAAACCCAGCAUUAUCAAUCUGAGCUUUAAGAAUCGUCCUUCAUGCACGUCCAUGUGGUCAGGGACUGAAUACUGUAUCUCGUCUUCGGUUGAAUGGAUACUGCCUGAUGUAGCCAUAUUUUUCAUAUCCAGUACUGACACUACCCAAGAUAUGGAGACCCAACGAUUGGCUCGCAUCUUCAUGGAAAGACAUGGUGUUCCGACAAUGGUCAUCUCCGAGAAGCCGCUUUGGACGAUGUCUAGGGACCCUAUUCCUCUCAACCACCACAGUCUCCACAUGUGCCUAGAAUCCCGCAAUUCGCUAGAUGGGAAAUCCGUGGUUCUCAAAAGGUAUCCGAUCGACUUGAAGACUUUCGAAAGCAUCACACCUGGGCAGCUCAACAGAAACUUGGCCUCGCUAGCAAUUAUCUACCCGAGGAAACCUUGCCAGAUGGCGCUGGAGAGCCCGGAAUUGCCUCAAACGAAGUCAUUUUCCAACAUUGACUAUUACGCUCGUAAUAUUAUCUCCGUUCCCUACAUCCGCGGCAAUCACGAUCUGGCAUCCGUGUUCCGUCUCAUCACCUUCACUAUCAUCUCUCUUAUCGUGAUCUCCUUCGGGCAUUCGGCUCUGCGGGCCGCUGUCUUAUUUCUUUCUCAAUAUUUCGCUCGUUCUGCAGUCUCCAGCGCGGUCUCCCCUAUUUCGAGUAUCGUCCCAGCUACCAGUCUCAUCCACACAGGAGCAUCACUGCCAGCAUUGUCUACAUCUCUUAGCGACGUUCAGCUGUUGGUGAAUCAGAUGGACGGCCACUCUCGGUUACAAGAACUGAUAGAAGUGGUGCAGUCUGUUUCUGAGAGACGGGACUCGACCGAUUUGUUUGAGAUUCAAGUAGUUGGCGAUUGUCACCUUAUUAUCAGGCCGCCUCACAAGUCCCCUAUUGGCAAAAAACCACCGAAGUUCAGCGUCCAAGUCAGUCGAGGAGGCAAGCCUCUCGAGUACGAACUCUCUAUGUUGUUCGACGGAGUAUACACAUUGAAGCUGGACCGGGGAGACGCAUAUGGUCAGUUGGAUAUAACAUUGGCCACAAUAUCCAAGAACCCUCAUAUACAGACGACAUCCAUGGACUUCGGGAUGCCGUGGUUGAAGAUACAGAACUGGAAACGUGCAGCAAAUGCCAUUUCUUCACAGCUUUUGAGAGACUUCACCACUGCGCAAACCGGGCUUUCAGAGGUCUACGGCCGGUUCUGCACUGACUUGCAAGUGCUCAUGGGAGAUGUUGUAAGAAGGGCACAUUUUCUACGGGAAGAGGUGUAUACCUUGCGACAUGACUCGGUGCAGCUUUCUCCCGGAACGAGAGACAUGGUUCUCUCGCGAUCCGAGCAACUUACAGAAGCUGUGAAACGGACUGCUGUGCAGCCUCUUCUAGCUGUCUCAUCUGCGCUGCAAGCCCAGACCAACAAGGUCCAUACGGGGGCUCGAGGAAUUAUGAGUGACACAUGGGACAAAAUCAGCUCUCAUGCUCAAAGGCUUGAUCUUGGCGCCAUGAAGGAACGCCUUCGGGAUGCGCGGAAAUCCAAGGCUUUGGAUAAAGCGCAAAAGAACGCCCGGAGUCUUGUGAGACGCAAGACGUGUCAAGAUUCCGAGGUUUCGUAG